AUGUCAGCUACUUACUAAAAUACUUGCUAAAAUUAUUGCUAAAAUAAAUAUUAUUUUCCUGCUCGUUGCAUCGUGGGGUCGCACCGCAAAGCUCUCGAGCCGAACCGUGACAUAAUAGUUAAUUUUUUUUUUUUUUUUUUUUUUUUGUUGCUUGUGUGGAUUCCGGCUUCAUCCCACAAUCCCAAAAAAUCCCAGUUCGGUUAAUAUAACGCUCUAAAUUGUGAAUAGAUGUGAAUGUUUUGUGAUUGACUAUAGUGACCAUUCGGGAUGUAACCCCAUCUUUCACCUAAAGUCAGCUGUGGUAGGCUCCAGCUCACAUAGAUGGCACCCAGAUGAGGAUAAGCAGCAUAGAAAAUAUAUGCAUUGAAGACGAUUUUUUGAGUUCCUUUGUCCAUUUAAAGCGAUAAUAUCGUAAUAUCUAUACAUCAACGCUAUUAGUAGCCACACUGAAUUGAUGAUUUCUGAUUCUGUGUUGAUCUUCUAAUAGUUUGAACAACAAUAAAUCACGAAUGUUGAAGUGUAAACUUUACGCGCAAAUACGCGUACGUGCGUCAUCCAAAAUUAAAAAAAAAAAACGAGCGACACCUGGCGUGGUAAAGAAAGAUUGAAAAGGCUGAAAAAUUGUAAUUAAAUGUCAUUUGUAGAGAGAGAGGAAAGGGAAGGAGCCAAAGAAGAGGAGUCCUUGACUGCAUCUUGGAAGCGUCUUUUUUUUUUCUCUCCUCCCCCUUUCUUGCCAAGUCCGCCGCACAAGCUCCAUCUCUCCCCACUCUCUCUCUCUCUCUCUUUCUCUCCCUUUCUUAAAUUGACAUUGGUUCUGCCUCGAAACAUGAUAACUGAAAAACCCUCUCUGCGUUCCGCGUUAUAAGCAUGCGUAAAAACGGUUACAAAUAUUUCAAUUAAAAAAAAAAACAAAAAAAACGCACUGGAAGCCUGGUCCGCUCGCCGCGCGCCCACGAGGAAUAUUAACAAGAUAGCUUUGUGGUGCGCGCUCCCGGCGCCCCCCUUGGUAGAUCUUCAGUGAAAGUGUUGGAACAGCAGAGGAGCAAAGUCACCAUGUACGUUCACGCCUCGAUACGAGCCAGCUUUGGAUUUGUGGGCUUCUGCUUGGUCGCCUUUGUCCAGCAGUCCGCUUCAGGAAGUAAAACCAACCAAGAUGUGGACGAGUGUGCAGAGGCGCUUGACAACUGCAGUAUCGACGCCAUCUGCCAGAACACGCUCAAAUCCUACAAGUGUAUCUGCAAGUCGGGCUAUAAAGGGGAUGGUAAACAUUGUGAAGAUGUUGACGAGUGUGCAACUGAAUACAACGGCGGCUGUGUCCAUGAGUGCAUCAACAUCCCGGGAAAUUACAGGUGCACAUGCUAUGAUGGCUUCCGCUUGGCACAUGAUGGGCACAAUUGUCUAGAUGUAGACGAGUGUUCAGAAGGGAACGGCGGAUGCCAGCAGAUCUGUGUCAACAUGAUGGGCAGUUAUGAAUGUCGCUGCAGAGAAGGAUUCCUCCUGAGUGACAACCAGCACACCUGCAUCCAAAGACCCAAAGUGCGACCGGAAGGCACAAAGGAUGGACCCACCUGCAUGGACAAGAACCAUGGCUGCGCACACAUCUGUAGGGAAACGCAGAAGGGUGGCAUCUCAUGUGAAUGUCGGCCUGGAUUUCAGCUCACCCGUAAUAUGAAGGACUGUAAAUUGACGUGUAACUACGGUAACGGCGGUUGCCAGCACAUCUGUGAGGAAACGGACCACGGUCCCAAGUGUUCAUGCCACAUGAAGUUUGUCCUGCACGCCGAUGGCAAGACUUGUGUUGGCGUGGGUGUGCGUGUGCAUGCAGGGGAGAGGAGUCUCCAGUCCCAGGCAGCCCCACAGCUGUUCCCUAAUGAGACGUGUGCGGUGAACAACGGUGGCUGUGAUAGCACUUGUCACGACUCAGUGACGGGUGUUCGCUGCAGCUGUCCCGUCGGCUUCACACUGCAGCCGGAUCGCAAGACCUGCAAAGACAUUGACGAGUGCCGUCUCAACAACGGGGGUUGCGACCAUGUAUGUCGGAACACAGUGGGCAGCUUUGAGUGCAGCUGCAAAAAAGGCUAUAAACUGCUGACCAAUGAGCGAACUUGUCAAGACAUUGACGAGUGCUCCUUUGAUCGCGCCUGCGACCAUUUUUGUGUCAACUCUGCAGGAAGCUUCCAAUGCCUUUGUCACAAGGGCUACGUCCUCUACGGCCUGGCGCACUGCGGAGAUAUUGAUGAAUGCAGUAUUAACCGGGGAGGCUGUAAAUAUGGCUGCAUUAACACUCUGGGGAGCUACGAGUGUACCUGUCCGCCCGGGUACAAGCUGCACUGGAACAAAAAGGACUGCAUAGAGCUGGUGAAAUGUCCUCCAGGCCUUGUUGCGCCAAAGGCUACUCUCACCUGUAGUAAGACAGGCAAGAAAGAGAGCUGCUCUCUCACCUGUGCCUCCAAAGCACACUACCUGGCAGAAUCUGACAACAGCUAUUCUGUGAGCUGCGGGAUCCCCAUCGUCAGAGGAAAGUCACCUGCCAGGCUCAACUCCAGCAGCAGUCAGAGCUGCAUAGAGACUUUGGCGCCUCCAGUGAAGCAGACAGCAUCGUUUAAGAUUAAAAAUGCCAAAUGCCACCUGCACCCGAAGUUGACUGGCAGGACUGAGGACAGGGGGCGGAGUCUAGGACCAGGAGGUGGUCAGCCCUGCAGUAACUGCCUCGUGACGUUUGUCAAUCUUAAAUGUGACUCCUCAAAGAAAGCAAAAGGGCGACGCGCUCGCAACCCCACUAAUAAAGAAGUCACACGUAUCACUUUGGAGCUGGAAGCCGAGGUCAAACCUGGCGACACAACAGGAAGUUGUAAUCUCAGCUGCCUCAGACAGCGUAUGGAGAAACAGGUCAAGACUUACAUCAAGGCUCUGAAGAAGUCUAUAAACCAAGAACGCUUUCUGAUCCGGGUUGCUGGUUUGGAGUACGAGGUGGCCCAGAAACUUCCACAGGCUGCCCCCAUUCAAGAGAACUGUGGACCUGGCUCGGAGAGGGACAGCGGGCGAUGUGUCAGAUGUUUGCCCGGCUCGUACUACCACGGUGAACAGGAGCGCUGUGUCCAGUGUCCGCCUGGAACCUUUCAGGAGAGGGAGGGUCAACUGGCAUGUGACCUCUGCCCAGGCAGCGAUGGCCACGGUCCUGUUGGGGCAAGAAACAUCUCAUCAUGUGCAGGCCAAUGUCCCACCGGGUUCUUCUCAGGCGACGGCUUCAAGCCUUGUCAAGCAUGCCCUCAAGGCACUUACCAGCCAGAUUUGGGUCGGACAUUGUGCUUUCCUUGCGGGGGAGGACUGAGCACCAAGCGUGAGGGUGCGAGCUCCUUCCAUGAUUGUGAGGUGAAAGUGCAGUGUUCUCCGGGUCAUUACUACAACACAUCAGUACACAGGUGUAUCCGCUGCCCGGUUGGAACCUAUCAGACCGAAUUCAGGCAGAAUUAUUGUAUUUCCUGUCCUGGAAACACCACCACAGAUUUUGAUGGCGCUACUAGCGUAUCACAGUGCAAGAACAGGCAAUGCGGAGGCGAGAUGGGCGAGUUCAUGGGUUACAUCGAGUCCCCGAACUACCCGGGUAAUUAUCCAGCAAAUGUGGAGUGCAUUUGGAACAUCAACCCGCCCAGCAAGCGGAAGAUCCUAAUUGUGGUGCCGGAGAUCUUCCUGCCCUCAGAGGACGAAUGUGGAGAUGUGCUGGUGAUGAGGAAGAACUGGUCAGCUACAUCCAUCACUACCUAUGAGACGUGUCAGACUUAUGAGCGGCCUAUUGCCUUCACAGCGCGCUCCAGGCGCCUGUGGAUUAAUUUCAAGUCCAAUGAGGCCAACAGCGCCAGGGGCUUCCAGAUCCCUUACGUGACUUAUGAUGAGGACUAUGAGCAGCUGGUCGAGGACAUAGUAAGAGAUGGAAGACUAUAUGCUUCAGAAAACCAUCAAGAAAUCCUCAAGGAUAAAAAACUGAUAAAGACUCUUUUUGACGUGCUGGCUCACCCAAACAACUACUUCAAGUACACCACUCGGGAGUCCAACGAGAUGCUUCCUCGCUCCUUCAUACGUCUCAUAAGCAGCAAAGUCUCUGCUUUCCUGCGACCAUACAAGUAAACAUACAUCUCCAACUCAGUAAACACCCCCCCUUCCUCUCUUACAGGCUACAUCCCGCAACUCUUAAAGGACUUCGACAUAUUAAAAAAAAAAACACACGCUUUUUUUUUUUUUUUUACCUUCUGUUCAAUUUCAAUUGACAAACCUUUAAAAUAAUUUGUGUUUGUCAGUUUUCUAUGCCGGAUAAAGUACACAGUCCCCGAGCGUGAGCAUUUUAGUGGGGAUGUAGAAUAUGUGAGUGGGUUCGGUUUCUAUUGUGACGUGCAAUGAGACCAUUAAAAGGGUAGAAUUGCCUGUUUGAGACAGUAGGAGUGAUAUUGUGUUAGAGCUUGUUGUAUUUGCUUAAAUGACUGGACUGAAUUCCAGCUCCGACUGCGACCAAGUAAGUAAGUAUGACUGUCAGUGUUGUGCAAGUGUUGUGUAACCCGAGUUCCAUCAUCAUCAUAUGUGUGUGUGUGUGUGUGUGUGUGUCCUCGAGGAGGAGCAGUUGCUAACUAAUUCAUGUCGCAGCUGCGUUCCAGCUCAUUUAAAGCCUUACUAUGUUUGAGCUCUUAGAGCAGUUUUACUGUUAAAACAGUUCAUCUGUGCUGUCUAGACUGCACCAGCCUUUUCCAUCCCGCCCAGAAUUUGUUUUUUUUUUCUUUUCCAAGGCGACUUUAAAGCAAAUACAAAAAAAAAAAAAAAAAAAGGUGGUUAUUCAUUCCAGGAACACAGAGGACAUUUUUUGGAAGACGAAUAAUAAACUAAUAACUGGUAGAGCCACAGGAAUGAGAUGAUGUAGAAUGUGUCUCGGAGAGUUGAAUGUCUUUGAGGGACAUGAUGUUUUGCUGCUUCUUGUAAAAGGUCACUUUAAAUCUUCAAUCUCACUUUUGUCUUUCUGAUGUACUCACGUCAUAGUCUGGAUAUUUCAAAUAGAUAAAAAAAAAAAAAACAAAGAAUCUCGAAAUACUUUAGUUGUUCUAUCACCGUGGAGCAGAUUUCAAUCUUGUAAAUAAUACAAAUUAAGACGAGGGUUGAUUUUUGUUAAAGCAGGACCCCAGAAUUUUUUUUUUUGCCCCCUAAAAUGUCGUGCCCGUUCCAAAUCCAAAGACUAUACAAACUCCCCAAAAUCAUGUUUGUUGUGUCCCGGUGAAGACAGCUCUUCCAAAGAGGUCACAUUGUUUUGUGCACUAGAUCAACAGCUCAUUAUUCUACCUUUUUUUAUAGUAAAAGUGCAAUGAUUAAAUACAUAUAGCACACCUUCAAUUUGGUUCAAACGUGACACAAAAUAAUCUUGUGGAAAGCAGCACUGCAUGAAAAUUUUGCAUUUUCUGUUUGGAAAAUUAAAAAAAUAUAUAUUUUCUUUGUGAUUUCAAAACAAUGACUGCAACAGGGUAUUAUAAUUUAACUUUAAAAUAAAAUAGGAUGCAUAGUUUUAGGAGAUAAAAAAAAAAAAACGUUGAAAAAAGACCUGGCAAGUGUCCCCUGCAGUAAAACCGGAAACAGGAAGCAGCUCGGCUGGUUUAGAAACACACAAUGUGAUUUACAGGGCAUUUAUUUACCGAAAAGGCCCCAAAAGAAAGCAAAUAAACAGUUGACCGUGUCAUUGCUAAUCCAUACGUGUACUGUAUUCAACCGAAGAAGGAAAUUAAGUUUUGAUCGCAAAUUUGAGGCCAUGUCACUCAAAAAGAUUGACUGAAUUUCCUUGAAAAAAAUAAAUUAGUAGUACUCCCCUUUAGUUCAGAAUCAGCUUCUUUCCGGCAACCUGAAUGAUUAUUAUUUUUUUUUUGGAUUGAAUUUGAUGCCUUUUAAAAGAGAGUUUGCUAUGAUGUAUCAUAUAGUUGAUAAUAUUUGCACUUGAAUUGUUAUUGCUCAUGUAAAUGUCUGGAUUUUGUAUUGUCUUUUUAAAAUGAAUGGAAUUGGUGUUCUUUUCUUGUAGCUUGUUUUGUUCAUGAACGCUCACUCGCAGUUUAGUCUAUAGAUGAUGAUACACGUGACAUUAUCCACUGUAAAGAAAAAAACUAAAUGUACAGGAGGUGAAUACAACAAGUUUGUACUUGUUCUUGCCCAGAAACACAUAUUGAAAUAAACAUACACAUUUAAUGUCUGGAAGGAUGUUAUGAACUUUGUGAGGAAAUGGCAAGGAAGCAUAAAAGGGGACCUAUUGUGCUUUUUUUUUUUUUUUGCCGAGUUUUUUUUUUAAAGUUCUACUUGCAUCAAAGCGAUCCGGACUUCCUUAUACAGGCUACACUCAGUAAAUGCGGACUUACGUAUCCAGAAGUCCUCGAGAGCGAUUAGGAGUGGCAUUAAACAGUCGGAAGCAGGAAGUCUGUGGAAACACUGCAGAAAGAGGUGCAGAAUCUGGAAGAUCUAGAAAGCUUUCUGUGCGGGUUAUUGUGUGUAGCUACUCUAUAGGAGUCCACAACCCAAUACAAACCGCCGAGAAUGAGCAUAAUAGGUCCCCUUUAUGGUUAUGUUGUUCCUGGACUGAAUACUGUAGCGCCACAUCAGACGGCAUAUCGGCUCCAGUUAGUACGCCAUGCUGAAAUUAAAAAAAUAAAAAAAAUAUCAUAUGAAAUAUGUUCAUUAAGUAAUUAUAUCGAUAAUCCAGUGGUAGAGUUCCAACCGUUGUUUAUUUAUGUGUGUCUACAUUUGGGAAGACUGGGAAUCCACUGGCCGUUGUUGCCGCAGGUGACAGUACUCACGCCAACCCUUGUGUAACCGUGGCGACAGUCGAUGGUAACGGCAUCCCGGUGUUGAUAAGGUCUCGUGUGAGCUCGCGUCCAGGCGGCGUUGGGCACACUGGGAGGUGGACAUGUGAUCUCUGUGGAGAAACUAGAACUUUUAUUCGGUUCUAUUCAUGACAAAAAUGUAAAUAAAGUUGUUUCAAAAUGGCUGUGUGAUGGCUGUGUGUGUAUAUUGUGUACCUCUGCAUGUCGGCGGUGUGCUCCAUGUGCCGUUCUUUGUGCACCAUACCUCCUUGUUCCCCAACAGGGUUCCUCGGCGACACUCGUACACUAUAACGCUCCUGUACUUAUAUGGACCUUCUACUGGGCCUUUCU